AUUCCUACGAUCACUCGUUGGUCCGCUAUGUCCAACAUCGAUGCCGGGAUCCAAGCAAUCUUCGGUCAGCCGCCCAAAGACAUUGACCUGGACGACUCAAUCACUCUAGCAUAUGACGUUGCAUCUUGCAUCGUGCUGGGAUUGGCCGUUGCAGCUGUGGCCUUGCGCUUUCACAUACGCGUCCGGUACAAUUCGCAGGCACGAAACCUGGGCAUUGACGAUUACACGAUCCUGCUUGGACUUGUCUGCACAAGCGCUCUAGUCGCAACAACCAUUAUCGGUUACGGCUCAGGAAAACAUGUCUGGACCAGCAAUGUUGAUCGACUAAUGACACUGGUGAAGCCAUGGGUCUAUGCAGCAUCCGUUACAUCCACUAAGGUCAGCAUCCUCUUGCUGUACCGCAGACUCUUCUACGUCACGAGCAAUCGAGAGAUUUCUGCCGACCGCACGUUCUAUAUCAUGCUUUGGGUCGCCAUAGUGUUUACCGCAUCAUAUCCUAUCAUCAUGUGGACUGUCAUGGCAUGUGCUUGUCGCCCUGUCAGCUUCUACUGGAGGCAGUAUGCUGGAGCUACGGAUGGCGUAUGCAUAGAUGUGCUGCAUUUCUUCCUUGCAUUUGGUGUGGUCAACAUGGUCAAUGACAUUAUCGUAUUGGCGGUACCCAUCCCACGCAUCUUGAAGUUGCGCACAAGCAACAAAGAAAAGAUUUCGAUCUUGUGCAUCUUGUUGCUCGGCAGUUUGUAUGGUCCGCUUCAGUCGUUUAUUACUGCAACACAACUGACUAUGUGCAAUCGCCAGNNUGUUUGCGUCGCCAGCGGAGUUCGCAUUUACUAUCUCACUAGAUUGACCCGAGAGGUAGAUGUGACCUGGAUCUUCGGACCAGCAUUCGGAUGGUCCAGCCUUGAACCCUCAGUCGCCAUUAUCUCAGCCUGCCUACCAACAUUUGCACCCUUGUUCCGCAGUCUCCACAGGAAGAGCACGUCCAAGCUUGGCAAGAGCGGACAUGGCAGCCAUUCGAGCUAUCUGCGCAGUGGUCGCAGCGGUCAUAUACCUCUUCAGGACUGCAGUCAGACUACACUCGAUGCAAAGUAUGGCCGCACCAACGUCAGCAUUGUGCACGAAAGGACCGAAGCAGGUAAACAGAACGACGUGCAUCCGAUGCACGGAAGACACUCCAGUCGCAGCGAUACUGUUUUCCUUCGCGAUACGAUCACUGUAGACACUGAUAUCGAGGUCGUCACGACAGACAAGAGCGUUGAAAGAGGUUUUGCUUGA